AUGGCGCUCCCUCGCGGCUUGCGACUCGGAGGAGCUUCGGUGAAGCUACACUCUGAGAGGCCGGGUCUCUCCGUUGCCGCGACGCUCGCCCUCGUCGCCCUCCUCGCGGCGUUCCUCCUCCCCGCCGCUCACGCGCGCAAGGACUCGCUCAGCUCCGCGGACGACUCUUCCGCCGUGCUCCCCACGUCCGCCUCCGCGGAUGCCGCCAUUUCCGCCGCCGACGCUGCUCCUCGCGACGUUCCUCCUCAGCGCCAGGGCCCGCGGAUUCUUAAUGUGGAGUCUUAUAACGCGGAUGAGCCUCUCCCGGAGCACCUGAAGGACAUGGAGGUGCACAGGCGCGAGCUUCAGUGGAACGGGAGGCGUGCUGAAAAUUGCGGCAGGACGACCCUGAGAAUCGCUCAGAAGUACGUGGGCGUUUGGUACCAGAAGAAUUACAUCUUUAACAUGACUUUGGUGAACACGUGCAAGUACAGCCUCCUCAGUCCACUCAUCCUCUUCAACUGCUUCGAUUUCGGCAAUCUUAUGGUUGGCUCGCUCGACAACCCCGCGCGCUACCCUUCUCGCUUCCAGAACGGGCCCCAGGGGUAA